AUCAGGGUGAGAGAGGGUCAGAUUGAAACAACACGCAAACUGCGAUUUUCUGUCACUACUCUUCCCCUUUACACCUCACGUACUAGACAUGCAAUGAUGAUCCUUUCAAUACAGCCUGCUUUGGUCCUUUCGUUCGCUUUUGCAGCCUCUUUAGUCAGGGCGCAGUACGAUGCCGCCCUCGUGGGAACAUGGACGACAAAGUCCAAAAAAGUCAUGACUGGGCCUGGCUUCUACGACCCUGUCAAUGAUAACUUGAUCGAACCCGAACUCGCAGGAAUCUCCUACUCCUUCACCAGCGAUGGAUACUAUGAAGAAGCUUACUACCGCGCCAUUUCAAACCCAACAACGCCACACUGUCCCUCGGCCAUCAUGCAAUGGCAGCAUGGCACCUACUCACUCCCAGGCAACGGCAGUCUUGUCCUGACUCCCAUCGGUGUCGACGGCCGCCAACUCACCUCCUCCCCCUGCUCCUACGACAACGCAAUUUACAUCCGCUACGAACAGCCCGAGUUGAUGAAGUCUUACGAGGUCCUGACAGACCCUUUCCACAACGUGCCGCGCCUGAACCUGUAUAAAUUUGACGGUUCGCCCAUCCAGCCCAUGUACCUGGCCGCAUCGCCGCCGCAGAUGCUGCCUACACAAACACUCAAUCCGACGAGUGUGCCAAGUGCGACAGGGAAGCGCCGUGUCAAGAGGACGGACGGAGGAGAUGGGGAUAGUGAUCAGGAAAGGCUCGGGCCGCUGAACAAGAACACCGUCAAGACGAAGGUUCCGAGCAAGGAGUCGUAUAAUCCGGAUCAUUGGUGGUGGGCUGGUGUUGGUUUGACGGCAUUAGGGACAGUCAUGUAUAUGAUGCCGACUUCUUUGUAAACUGGCUGAGUCGGCUGGGAGCUGAUCGAAAAGAGCCAAUGUAUCAAGAUUCAGCAAGCGUUUGUUUUAUGUUUUUGGCAUGGCAUGACCAUCUUGCCUUCGGGAUCAUUUCGACAGAAGAAAGUUUCCGUCAGUCGACAUGGCAUGCACCAGGACUGGAGUCUUUCACGGCGUUGGGUGUGUUUGGCACAGUGCCGCACUCAGAAGGAGUAAUGACGACGAAAAUGUUUAGGUAUAGAAGAAUCGCGUAGCAGACAAAAUGAUCAUUCUAAACAAGUCAAG